AUGGCCGCCACGACAUAUAUGACCUCAUCGGGUGACUUAGACAUGGCAUUGGGUGGUGGAUAUCACACGUCUUCACCACGAAGUGCUGCCGAUGCCAAUGAAAUGAAAUAUAUGCAACAUCAUCACACCAAUCACCAUCAUGUGCCCUCCAGCCCAAGCCCUAAUCCAGCCGGAUUAGGUUCCGUGACAGGGGGAUUGGGUGGAGUUGGUGGAAACCCUUGGGCCGCUCUUCAACCAUCUGAUCCAUGGGCCCUUCAUUCUCAUCAUACUCAUCACACCCAUCAUCCAGCAGAUGUUAAACAAGAAAUGCACUCCUUAGCCCAACAAGCGCGAACACAACAGGGAAUGGCAUCACCUCAUGCUUGGCAUGCACCAGUUCAUGCUGCAGCUCAUUAUGCUCCAUCUGCUGGUUCACCUUUACAAUAUCAUCAUGCAAUGAAUGGUAUGUUACACCAUCCAGCACAUCCACAUCAUCAAGCUUCAGCGCCUUUACAUCAUGCCCUGAGAGGUGAAUCACCACAAUUGCACUUACACCCUCACCAUUUACAAGGCGAUCGCGAUGUCAGUGCAGGUGAAGAAGAUACACCAACCUCUGAUGAUCUAGAAGCGUUUGCGAAACAAUUUAAACAGCGAAGAAUUAAAUUAGGUUUCACACAAGCUGAUGUCGGUUUAGCACUCGGCACACUCUACGGUAAUGUGUUUUCGCAAACAACGAUUUGUCGAUUUGAGGCUUUACAAUUAAGUUUUAAAAAUAUGUGUAAGCUCAAGCCGCUCCUUCAAAAGUGGCUCGAAGAGGCUGAUUCAACGACCGGGUCACCAACAAGUAUCGACAAAAUAGCGGCACAAGGGCGAAAACGAAAAAAACGUACCAGCAUUGAAGUAUCAGUAAAGGGCGCCCUCGAAACACAUUUUCAUAAACAACCAAAACCGUCGGCUCAAGAAAUUUCUUCACUAGCUGAUUCUUUGCAAUUAGAGAAGGAAGUUGUGCGUGUGUGGUUCUGUAAUCGCAGGCAAAAAGAAAAACGAAUGACACCACCAAAUACAAUGGGAGGUGAAAUGAUGGAUGGCAUGCCUCCUGGACAUAUGGGCCAUCCAGGACAUGGUGGAUACCAUCCCCAUCAUGAUAUGCAUGGAAGUCCCAUGGGAACACACCACAGUCAUAGUCAUUCACCACCAAUGUUGAGUCCACAAAUGUCUCAAGGCGGUGGGGGACAUCAACUUACGGCCCACUAG